CUCAUGAAGCGCAAGCCGAUCCAGUCUCGUAGGAUGCAGGAGUACCACCAGAUGCGUCAGCUGACCAGUCACUCAGGGAGAGAAUGGCGAUGUCCGGUCCAGUCUUGUGGUCGCAUCCUGCACUCGGCUCCUGGCUUCCGCUACCACAAGCAGUCACAUAACCGCAAGGAAAAUGAAAGCUUUACCUGUGAUAUCUGUUUUAAAACAUUUAAAAGUUCCAAUGGUUUAAAGUAUCAUCGCAAAGGGAAGCGAUGCCGAGGAGCUCUUCAGGUCUCUGCUACGCCCAGCUCAUCUUACGCUGCCAGCACAUCCAGUGCCAGCAUUGUCACAGGCAGCAGCAACCACUGCUCCUCCACCUCUUCCUCCUCCUCCCUCAACCACGCCCAGAAGCUGAUGGAGUUGGCUGACAUUGCCACAGGACCACAGAGUCCUCUACUGCAGAGUCAGUGCCCGGACAGCAGGGGAAGAUUUCCCUUUGAUGACUCUGAGACUUCGGCUGCCAUUACCCUCAGCAGUAUGGCUCAGCGUUCAAGAGGUGUCAAGAGCUACAAAGGCACCAAAGUUCUGCAUCAGCCAGGGUCAGAAUUUGCUCACCGUGUGCAUCCAACACCACCUGCUCAACAACAACAACAGCAGCAGCAGCAGCAGCAGCAGCAACAACAACAACAACAGCAACAACAACAACACCAACAACAGCAGCAGCAGCAACAACAGCAAGAGGAGCAGGAGAAACACAAAGCAAAACGUCCGAUGAAUGCGUUCAUGCUGUAUGCACAGAAGAAUCGAGGAGACUUCAACAAAAAGUACCCAGAGACCAAUAACAGAUUGAUAAGUACGAAACUAAGUGAGGCUUGGCGGCUCCUUCCUGAGGAUGAGAAACGAAAGUGGAAAGAGGAAGCCACACGAAGAGCCGAGCAACAGAAGCAGAAGCAUCCGGAUUGUUGGAAGCGCAAGAAAUGACUUACAUUUUGCUGAAGCACUGUCUUUCCCUCGUUACGAAAGGAGAAAGUUGUUUAUGUCAAGUCUGGUAAAGACAUAGGACUGAUGGAGGCAAAGGACCUAUAGUUGACAGACAUGUGUUUUACAGUGUGCUUUGAUCACAGUAGAGUAAUUUUGUGCAAAAGCUUCCUCUAGAACUUUCUCUGUUGUGGAAUGGAUUAUUUCAUGGAGCGUCACGUGAGACAAACAGAGAGCAAUGUUUUAGAGGCUGAAGUGUAUUAACCUUGUGGACAUGUUAGAGGGUGAUGGUAUUAUCACUUGAGCUGGAAGUAGUUUAUGCAGAGAGAAGGUUGUGAUGUUUUAUUCCAAACUUAUUUCCCAUAUUUAGUUACCUAUUGACAACAUAGGACAUAUCGUGUAGUCUUGAAAUUGGGUUUACUUGAAAAGCCCAGUCUAGUGUGGCAUGUUUUCUUAACAAAGGUAAACCCCCACAAUUCUAAUGCGUUGAAUUUUGUAAAGCCAAUUCAUUCACCAUCGUCAGUCAGUAUACUCAAAAGGUAUUGUUUAAAGGGUUUCUUAUUUGUUGACGAACUUCAUGGGUUGAGUAUUGCUCCGUCAUUUAUGUUAAGAUUUUCUUAAUUGUUGAAAUGGCACAUUAGUUUGAUUAUAGAUUGUGAUAGACACUGAACUGUGUUGACACUGAUUCAACAAAUGGUUAAUGUUUGUCAUAAACCGUGUAAGUUCAUUCAAAGAAAGAAUACAUAUAUGUGGUUUAUGACUUUCAACGACAAAAUGCUGUUCCUUGACCCUAAUUCUACCAAUACGAGGUGAUAAUACAACAGAGAGCCCAGUAUCUUGCUCCCAGCAUGCUGGAGAUGAUCUGUUGACUCUUGGGUCAAACGACUGUUUUACUGCUUUGCUUUCGUCAAGCUAGAUGACAUUGAGCUGGAAAGAAGACUACGAAAUGUUACCAGACAGACUCAUCAAAGUUCCAACGCAGUCCACUGCAGAAUUUAAAGUUGACCGCGACGUCUUUCAUGUCAUGGCAGCAUUGGCCUUGCACUAGUCUAGGCUUAAACAUGGCACACUCUGACACCAUCACCUGCUCCGAGCAAACAUUUGAGGUGCCACUUCACUGGAAUUAUCAGGAAUUCUGGAAAUAUCUGAUGUUUCAGACUCUUUGUUUGUUGUUAGACAGUCGAUGUACUACCUGUGGAUGUGAUGUAUAAAUGUCUUUGUAGAUGCAAUUCAUUUAAUCUCCAGAGGUUUCGGUAGCUCCAGGUGAUUCCUCUGAACACUGCUCAGUUCCAGGUCAACUUUCCAAGCAGGAGUGCAGCGAGAACUGUAUUUAGCGGAAGUGUUUUUGUGAAAAUGUUAUUGGACUUUCCAUUUGUCACUCAGUGUUGAUUAGGUGGAUGAUUUUUGGUUAUAAAAGUCCCAGAGAAACAUAACCUCAUGGGGCAUAAAUAAAAGGCUAAUUAUUUUAUUUGAAUUGAGGUCAAACAUAUUAAUUUCUAAAGUUGCUAACUUUUAAAGAGAGUGUUACUAGAUCGAUAACAACAACUAAAGAAAGUUUGUAUUUCAGGAGAAAUGUGUAGACUUUGAAGUGAACUUUUAACUUUUAUCUUGACCUUAAUUUCUUCAUAAAGUAUAAUUUGUGAUAAUAUGCCAAAAUAUGUUUAGAAAAGGCAAAAUAUAUGCCAAAAUACUUCUGGAAUGACAAGUUGUAUGUCAAAGUGUAUCUUAAAUAUGGUAGUGUGGCUACAAUUAAGAGUAGGCCCUACUGGGGCAAUAGUGUUGUUGUUUCAGUUUUGUCGGAAGUCUGGACAACUCUUUUGGCCCUUUUGGUUACAUAUUGUGAAAAAAAGUAAUAAAAAAAAAUAUAAGUGAAAAAUUACUGACUUUUAAAAUACCAUAAAUUUUUAUUUUUUGCUUGAGCAAAUGAUUUGAUGAAUGUUGCUGACAUUCAUUAUUUUGACGCUUUUGCCAAACUGGAUUUUAAUACUAUAUUAUGUUAUAAAAUAUGAAUGAAAAAGUAUUUGUUUUCAAAGACUUUCUUUGAAAAUGUAUAUCAGAAUGAAUCAUUAUGUCCGAGGCUUUCAAUUUUUACUGCCUGCUGAUUUUACUUUGUGUUACGUGUGUGUGUGUGUGUGUGUGUGUGUGUGUGUGUGUGUGUGUGUGUGUGUGUGUGUGUGUGGGUGUGUGUGUGUGUGGCACGAAGGUCUGCACCUGUGUUGUUGAUAGCUCUGUGGACAUGAGUAGGAACAUGGGGUAAAAAGAAAAAACUGUAGAGCAUAGGAAAUUGACAUAUGAGAAUGAUGGAGUGCUACAGUGUAAUUCCUCUUUGUUUAAAAAAAAAA